CCAAAGGCCAAAACAAUGACGUCAGUUCCGCUAAGUAUUCGGAUACAUGGCGGUGGAGGGAACGUCCAUGUUUUAGUACAUUUGUUGUGUUUGGGGAAAACAUUGUUUAAGCAUGUCAAAAAGAAAAGUCACGUUCGAGGACGGCGACGGGGAGUACGACUUAGAUUUGGAUGAUGUGCCGAAAAAGAAGAUCUGCGAGGGAGUAAGUGGACCUGGUUCCAGGUUCAAGGGAAAACAUUCCCUUGAUAGCGACGAGGAAGAUGAAGGAGAGGAUGGGGACACUGGCAACAAUUAUAACGUACUGGACAGUGACGAUGUAGAAGGUCAAGAAGGAGCAACAAUUGACUGUGAUGAAGGGGUGCCCAUCACACCUUUUAACCUUAAGGAGGAGAUGGAAGAGGGCUAUUUUGAUGCUGAAGGGAAUUACUUCAUCAAAAAAGAUGCAGAUAUCAGGGACAACUGGUUAGACAACAUUGACUGGGUCAAAAUUCGAGAGCAGCCUGCGAAGCGAAAGAAGAAAGGCCUUAGUGCCAAGCGAUGGCGGCGGGCCGGGGAUGAAGACGAAGCCGAGGAGGAAAAGCAGAGAGAGGAUCGGCAGAAGGAAGAGAGCGAUGGAGAAGACGGUGAGGAAGAAGAGGAGCCAGCCGAGGACCCCUUGGCCAGCUACACCAAACAGCAGCUCCUAGAGGGUGUGGUUGAGCUGCUGGUUCCCGGCGAAACCGUCGCAUCGGGCCUGCGCAGGCUCGGAGGACUGGGCAGUAGGAAAAAAGGGAGACUGAGGGAGGGGGAAUCUAAGAAGGAGGAGACCGCAGACAGAGACGCUGAAAAGCUGGACCGGCUCACGGCCCUGGCAGACAGACUAGUAGGAGCUGGAGAGUAUGAGAUAUACCAGCGUACCUAUGAGAAGCUGGCCUAUCAGGUGAAGAACAUGAACCAGAAGGGAAAAGGGGCUAGCCGGGUUGCAAAGGGUGAAGAUGAUGACGAAGAUGAUGAACUGGACAUGUUUGCUGAUAAGUUUGACGGCAAGAAGGCCAGCGAGAAAGACAAUGAUGAUGAUCAGAUGGAUGAUUCUGAGACAGGGACUGAUCAGGUCAUGUGGGAGUAUAAAUGGGAGAACAAAGGAGACUCAGAGCUGUAUGGACCAUUCAGCAGUCAGCAGAUGCAGGAAUGGGUGGACCAAGACUACUUCAAAGAUGGCGUGUACUGCAGGAGGGUAGACCAAGAGAAUGCACAAUUCUAUAAUUCAAGGAGAUUAGACUUUGACUUGUACACAUGAUGUGUUUGGCGCUGAUCACAACAAUAUUAAAAACAACUUUAUCUUUUUUUGUAAUUAUUGGGUAAUUCCUGUAAUGGGGCAGCUACAUUUCUGUACACACUUUCCUACAGGUUGUUAGAGUCUGGAAGAUUGUAUGGCUUUGAGGUUGUCCAAAAUUCUGUUUAAAGAUUUUAAAAUAAACAUGGUGUAUGACAUCUGAAUUAUCCUC